UCUGGCCCCUCCAUGGCACCACCACCCCCUCCACCACCACCACCACUCCUGCCACCAACAAAAGCCUCAAUUCCCUUUCUCCUCUUCUGCCUAGUCUCCAUCUCCAUCGUCUUCCUCCUCUUCCACCUAACCUCUCCAACCCCCUCAAUCACCACCACCUCUCCCCUCCCUUUCCACAACCUGCUCCCCUCUUCUCCUCCCGCUUCCUCCAACCCACCACCACCGCACUUCACUCUCAUCAUCAAAGUCCUGACAUUCAACCGCCUCCCAUCCCUCUCUCGCUGCCUGACAUCUCUCUCCAAUGCCCACUAUGACAACUCCACUACAGUUCACCUCCACAUCUUCAUUGACCACUUUCCUCUUGAGAACGAUAAAGGGUCUCAAGAUUUGGACUCAAAAUUGAAUCUUUCGCGACAAAUACUUGAUUUUGUUGAUGGGUUCAACUGGGAUUUUGGUGAAAAGUUAGUGCAUUAUAGGAAUUGGAAUGCUGGCCUUCAAUCUCAGUGGCUUGAAGCUUGGUGGCCUUCCUCAGAUCAUGAGUUUGCCUUUGUCGUAGAGGAUGAUCUUGAGGUUUCUCCUCUUUAUUUCAGGUACUUGAAGGCUUUGAUCUUGAAUUAUUACUAUAAUGAGUCAAAUUUCAGCCCCAUGAUCUAUGGAGCCUCCCUGCAGCGGCCUAGAUUUGUUCCAGGAAAACACGGAAACAAGUUGCAAGCAGAUAACCAGAGUCGCCUUUUCUUGUACCAGCUGGUUGGCACUUGGGGUCAGCUGUUAUUUCCAAAAUCAUGGAAAGAAUUUCGACUGUGGUAUGACACGCAUAAGGUGAAGGGCAUCAAACCAAUUCUUGAUGGGAUGGUGACUACAGGAUGGUACAAGAGGAUGGGAGAAAGAAUUUGGACUCCUUGGUUCAUCAAAUUUAUUCAUGCCCGUGGUUAUUUUAAUAUUUAUACCAAUCUUAAGAAUGAGACAGCACUUGCUGUCUCUCAUAGGGAUGCUGGGGUGAACUAUGGGAAAUCUGCUGGACCAGAUUCAUAUUUAGUUGGUGAAAAUACUAUCAGUGAUCUUUUGGAACUGCAGCCAUCGAGUAGCCUGAAGUGGUAUGACUUUUGUUUUAGAGAAGUUAUCCCUAAUAGAAUAGUCAAAAGUUUGGAACAACUUGGGUUUGUACUUCAGUCUAUUCAGAGGCUAAAUACAAUUAUACUUGUUAACCUGCACGGGGCCUCAGAGCCAGCACUUAGGAACUUGAUCUGCCAUUUUGAGAGGCUGGCUAUUGGGAACUACAUUUUCGUGGGCCAGAAAUCUUAUCUUUCUCUUGAUCUUGCUAGGAGGGGGCAUCCUGUGAUUGAUGUAGAUCAAAUUUUACGCGGCACUAAACUUUAUAGGUCACUGAAAUUCCAAGAAUCCAGUAAAGAAUGGAUCCAGAACAUUCGGGCGUGUGCAUCUGUAAUUAAGAAAUCCUUAGAACUACAGUACCAUACUUGGUUACUGGACAGCAACAUCGUUCCUCUAAGCAGUAACUUCUUUUUCGAAUCACCUGAUCCCGCUUGUGAUUUCAUUACUGGGAAGAACCUCAAGCUUCUUUUUAUCAAGAGCUCAUCAGCUUCUUCAAGAUUUUGGGUUGAUGUUUUCAUGCACAAGCUUACUGUGAUAACUGGCUCUUGGGGACCUAAAACUUCAGAUUCCAUGGCAGUCAAUUUUUUAUCUUCAGUGGAAAAGAUAUUGGAAAGCAAUAGUGUCAAAUAUAGCAAAAUUGAUGAAAUGCAAUUGGGUUUGUCAAUCAAUACUAGUGACUCUAACCUGACUAGUCUUGCGAAUGGAAAGAAAUUUGCUUUCUGGUCUUCUGACACAGAUCAAGAGAGAGUUCAGAAGAAGCUCGUAGAAUUAGGUAUGUGGGUUGUGGAUGACGAACUUUCUUGCACAGCAGUUGUUUGUCAUCAAUCAUAGUGUUUGACAGUAACAAGGGAUUUUAUUCGAGUUUAUCAUGGACGAUUGUACCAAUUCUUUGGUAUGUUACCAAAUAUCACUAGCUUCCGGAGGUAUUUAUUCAGUGGAGACUAAAGCAUUCUAUCAAUUACCAGCACCCUGGUGGAAAGAUUUGUUGGUUCUCUUUGUUGAUUAUUCGAAUCAGAGGGAAAAGGUUAUAUCUUGGACCUACAGAGAGUGGAAGCUUGUUGUACGAGGUCCAGGGUUAGGAAACUGACCCAAAAGCUGUUCGUAUACAUUUUUCUCCUAGGUUGCACAGUCAUCAAAUCUUGUUGUGUUUAGGCCUGGAGCUCUCCAAAGUACAAGGUCCAGGGUUAGAAAAAUCACCCAAAAGCUUGGUUCCUAUACAUUUUUCUUCGAGGUUGCACAGUCAUCAAAUCUCGUUGUGUUUAGGCCUGGAGCUCUCCAAAGUUAGAAAAUUUUGUUAAUGGUGUGGAGAUCAUCUCCAUCCUGGGUUUUUAAGGCUUCUGUAUCCAAUCAGCAGCUGAAACGGAUUCCUUUAUCGACCAGAUACUGGCUACAAGGCCGGCCUUGCCUUCAAUAUGCCUAUUCUAAUGACCUGACCAUGCUCAUGAAAUUUCCAGAUCAGCCAGCAGUUGUAGCAAGCCUCCAGUAUGCUGUCUCUGAACUUGAACAUGGACAUCGUUAGUUGCUUAUAUAAACAAAAACCAGCGGCCUUUGCCUUGCCUUGAUGAUGGAUUUUUCACUACCUUAUUCCCUAUCGAAACACUCUCUUCAUAUGUUCACUGGACUUGCAAUUUUGGUCAUUCAAAGUCAUUUUACAAUGAGAUUAUCAAUUCUUCCUC